AUGGCACAACAAAAACCAGAAUGGGGAAAUCAAAUGAAAAAUGAAGGUUUAGAUGAUAUGACAUUAUUAUCAAAAGUUUCCAAUGAUCAAAUUUUAGAUAAUUUAAAGAAAAGAUUUGAAAAGGAUAUUAUUUAUACAAAUAUUGGUGAUGUAUUAAUUUCAGUGAAUCCAUUUAAAUUUAUAGAUGGAAUGUAUUCAGAUGAAGUUUUACAAGAGUAUAUUGGUAAAUCACGUAUUGAAUUACCACCACAUGUAUUUGCAGUUGCAGAACAAACCUACAGAAGUAUGAUCAACGAAAAGGAGAAUCAAUGUGUCAUUAUUUCAGGUGAAUCAGGUGCAGGUAAAACUGAAGCAGCAAAAAAGAUUAUGCAAUAUAUUGCAGAUGUUAGUGGUGAAAGAGGUAGUUCAUCAAAUCAAAAGGUAGAACAUGUUAAAUCAAUCAUUUUAGAGACUAAUCCAUUGUUGGAAGCAUUUGGUAAUGCUAAAACUCUUCGUAAUAAUAAUUCUUCACGUUUCGGUAAAUACUUUGAAAUUCAAUUCAAUCAAAAAAAUGAACCAGAGGGUGGUAAAAUCACAAAUUACCUCUUGGAGAAAUCUCGUGUAGUUUUCCAAUUGAAGGGUGAACGUAAUUUCCACAUUUUCUAUCAAUUCUGUAGAGGUGCAACUCCACAAGAACAACAAGAGUUUGGUAUCUAUGGUCCAGAGAAUUUCGCUUAUCUAACCAAAGGUGAUACUUUAGAUAUUGAUGGUGUUGAUGAUGUUGAAGAAUUUGCUCUCACUCGUAAUGCUAUGAAUGUUAUUGGUAUUCCAGCAAAUGAACAAAAACAAAUCUUCAAAUUAUUAGCUGCUAUCCUUUGGAUUGGUAAUAUUGAUUUUAAAGAACAAGCUGGUGAUAAAGUUACAAUUGCUGAUACAUCUGUAUUGGAUUUUGUAUCACAAUUAUUAGAUGUACCAAGUCAUUUUUUAAAAACAGCAUUAGAAUUUAGACAAAUGGAAACUAGACAUGGUAAUCAAAGAGGUACACAAUAUAAUGUACCAUUGAAUAAGACACAAGCAAUUGCAGGUAGAGAUGCAUUAGCAAAAGCAAUUUAUGAUCGUUUAUUCAAUUGGUUAGUUGAUCGUAUCAAUAAGGAGAUGGAUAAUCCACAAAAAGGUUUAAUGAUUGGUGUAUUGGAUAUUUAUGGAUUUGAAGUUUUCGAUAGAAAUGGAUUUGAACAAUUUUGUAUCAACUAUGUCAAUGAAAAGUUACAACAAAUCUUCAUCGAGUUUACAUUAAAGAUGGAACAAGAAGAGUAUGUUCGUGAAGGUAUUAAAUGGGAGCCAAUUCCAUUCUUUGAUAAUAAGAUUGUAUGUGAAUUGAUUGAAGGUAAGAAUCCACCAGGUAUUUUCAGUAUUUUAGAUGAUGUUUGUCGUGCAGUUCAUUCACAAGCCGAAGGUGCCGAUCAAAAGUUACUUCAAUCCAUUGCCGUUUGUAAAUCAAAUCCACAUUUCGAUACUCGUGGUAAUGCAUUCUGUGUUAAACAUUAUGCAGGUGAUGUAGUUUAUGAAGGUCCAGGUAUGAUUGAAAAGAAUAAAGAUACUCUUCUCAAAGAUCAUUUGGAGAUUCUUCAAAUGUCAGCAAACAAUUUCUUGGUUGGUCUUUUCCCAGAUGUCAUCGAUACCGACUCUAAAAAGUUACCAUCAACAGCUGGUUUCAAAAUUAAAUCACAAGCAGCAGAAUUGGUUGCCACUUUAAUGAAAUCAACACCUCACUACAUUAGAACCAUCAAACCAAAUGAUCUUAAAAAACCAAAUAUUUUAGAAGGUGGUCGUGUACUUCAUCAAGUUAAAUAUUUGGGUCUAUUGGAUAACAUUAAAGUUAGAAGAGCAGGUUUUGCCUACAGAGCAACCUUUGAUAGAUUCUUCCAAAGAUAUUAUCUCCUCUCUGAUAAAACUUGUUACGCUGGUAAUAACAUUUGGAAAGGUGAUGCUCUCUCUGCGUGCCGUGCCAUUUUAGCCUCACAAAAUGUUGAUAACACUCAAUAUCAAAUCGGUAAAACCAAGAUAUUCAUUCGUUAUCCAGAGAUGUUAUUCUCUCUCGAAGAAACUCGUGAACGUUAUUGGCAUGAUAUGGCAAGUCGUAUCAAGAAUGCCUAUAGAAACUAUAAAGCUUUCCAAUUCGAAUGUUCCAAUCGUAUCAAGAAUGCCUUUAGAAAUUAUAAACUCUAUCGUCAACGUUGUGCUCAAACCAUUCAAGGUUACUUUAGAGCUUGGAAACAAGCUUCUCCUUUCUUUGAUCUUCGUAUGCAAAAUGAACAAUUAUUCCAAGGUCGUAAAGAGAGAAAUCGUUUCUCUAUGAUUAGCGUUAGAAAAUACUUUGGUGACUAUUUAGACGUUCGUUCACAAUCUUAUUUCUUGGAUGCAAUGGCAGAGGGUCGUAAUGAAGAUGUUAUCUUUUCUUCAAAAUCUCAAGUCAUGGUACACCCAAUUUUAUCCGCUAAUAAAUUAUCACCAAGAUUCCUCAUUGUAACUAAACAAGCCAUCUAUUUAAUUAAAUUGAAACAAAAGAAGAAUUUAGCUACCUAUCUAUUGGAUAGACGUGUUCCAUUGGCUGAGGUAACCUCUUUUUCUCUCUCUUCAUUAGCUGAUAAUUUACUUGUAAUUCAUACAUCAACUCAAUUCGAUGUCGCAGUGACAACUGAGUUUAAGACUGAAUUGGUUGCAUUAAUCAACAAACAAAAAGGUACAACUUUGGCUGUUAAUUUCGGUCAAUCAAUUCAAUACUUUAAAAAGAAGGGUAGUAAUAAUACCGUUACCUUUUUAAAGGAUGAAAUGCAUAAAGAAAUCUUCCUCAAAAAGAAUCAAUUCCAUAUUGCUUCAGGUUUACCAGCUUCAACUACCGUUGCCAAAGUUAGAAAAAAUCCAAGUCAAGUUUCAACUCCUUCAAAACCAAUUGCUAAACCAGUCGCUAAACCAAUGGUAGCUAAACCAUCUGGUGGUUCUGUAAUUAUGAAGAAACCAGCACCAGCUGCUCCACCAUCAGGUCCACCAGUCAUGAAAAAACCAGCACCAACUGCUCCAGGUGGCGCUCCAAUGAUGAAAAAACCAGCACCAGCUCCAGGUGGUGCUCCAAUGAUGAAAAAACCAGCACCAGUUCCAGGUGGUCCAGCUCCAGGUGGUUCUGCAAUUAUGAAACCAGCAGGCGGAGUUUCUAAACCAUUACCAUCACCAACUGGUGCCCCAAUGAUGAAGAAACCAGCUCCAACCGCUCCAGGUGGUCCAGCUCCAGCAGGUGCACCAACUCCAAUGAUGAAAAAACCAGCAGGUCAACCAAUGAUGAAACCAAUCGCAAAACCACAACCAACUCCAAUGAAGAAACCAGCAGCUCCACCACCUCAACAAUAUAUCGCUCUUUACGAGUACGACGCUAUGCAACCAGAUGAAUUAACUUUCAAAGAAAAUGAUGUCAUCAAUUUAAUUAAAAAAGUAGAUGCUGAUUGGUGGCAAGGUGAAUUAGUUAGAACUAAACAAAUUGGUAUGUUACCUUCAAAUUAUGUUCAACAAAUUUAA